AUGCAGAUGAGCCCCAAUGUUGGACGUCAUGAUGACGACGCCAUGGUUUUCAAGUCCAUUGUCGACUUUCUGGAGAAGAAAUUGGCAUUCAGAUUCGAAUCUGCUGAAAAUUACAGUCUGGCACAGGAGCUGCGCCAUUGUCAUGACGGACUCUUUGGCAAACAGGAUCCCCUGGAUUGA